AUGCCAGUGGUCUCCCAACGGAAGAACAAACCUGGCAAAUUCAAUUACGGGCCACACCGGGCAAAUUCAAUUACGGGCCACACCUGGCAAAUUCAAUUACGGGCUACACCUGGCAAAUUCAAGAAAACACUAUUUGCGAUCUUUGAGGGACAGGGAUUCUCACGGAAGUUGCAAUCACACAUGGGGACAGAGUUUGUCAACAAGGUCGUCGACGGGGUUGUACAGGAGGUGGGCAUCUCACACAGAGUCUCCCAGCAAUAUCGUCUUCAGGUACUUAGGGCGACAGAGCGCAGGCAUAAAAGGAUUAAACGGCCAAUUCGAAUUGGCUGCGAGUCGACACGAUGAACAGUUAGUGAUCACCAUGUUCUACCAGAAUUUGCGAGUGGCGCGGCGCCACAAGAGUGUCCAAUUCAGCGUGUACUUCGGCCGGCCGUAGACACAUCCCGUUUGCGGACUUUACCAAUGACUUCCC